AUGGACGUCCUUCUAGCGUGUAUCCCACAAGAUUUCCGUUCUACGGCAGACAGAGACGAGUUGAAGAACGUUACUACAGUUGAGGGAGACAGCAACGUGCGAGCGUCGUGCUGGGACGUAUCCAUCGCCGAGCGGACGGAUAGCCAACUAUGCGACAUUUGCCCCAUGGUUUCGAGCCAACUUCCAACAGAGUUAUGGGAGCACAUCAUUGAUCUCAUUGCGGAUGACGGGAGCCACCGCUACACGCCACAACUGGGCCAGGUGUGUCGUGGGUGGUAUGCCCGAUGUCGCUUUCGCAGUUAUGAAAGACUUGACAUGGGGCGCAUGGAUAAGAAGCAGGUGUGUCGCCUGAUAAAUACACUGCUCGAGCACACCGGCCGAUGUGGUGCCAUCAAAACAGUCUCGUUCGAUCUAGAACAGUCAAUUGGCAACUUUGGGUCGUUUGCUGUGCGCAUGAUGCAGAAGCUGCCCCGAGUCAAGUUUCUCUAUCUCUGGCGUUGCAAAUGGGAGAGUGGGCAACUACACGCCCAAAUAUUCCUCCAUGUCACUCUUACAUUUGGGUCGGUGAACAAGCUCAGUCUCAACGGUGUGACGUUCCCUGCUGGAUAG